AUGGCAACAGGCCAACCUUUGAGGGGAGCUGUCCGGGCUCUGUCCUGGACUCGUGUUUCUCCCCCUCGGGCGCGACAAGGAGCUUUGCUGCACCGCGCAUGCCAGACCAGAGGCGUCCAGAUUCGCGCUGCGCCCGCGGAACAGCCUGCGGUCAAUGGAGACAAUCUCCCUGUGUCCAGCACUCCCACAUCAGCUGAGUCCGCUGAUGCUCGGUUCGAUGUCAUUGGCGCACCCUACUCGCUCCUGUCGGUUUCGCUUUCCGCUUCGCAGAAUCUGUACACUCGCCGAGGGACGUUGGUUGGGUUGAGUGGGAAAGCAGACAAUGUGAUUUCCACCUUGAGUGUCCUUGAACCUUUCCGGAGAGCUGUUGUCGGCGUGCCGUUCCUCUAUCAAAAGAUAUCCUCCGCCAGCCCGGUGACGGCCCUGGUCUCCGUCCGCUCGCCAAACACCUCUUUUGCGGUCGUACACCUCAAUGGCUCGGUCGACUGGAUGGUCGCUCAAAGGCGAGCGCUACUUGCCUGGACAGGUCGUUCGCUCUCCAUUCGACCCACCAUCAACACGAACCUGAGCCUGGCCCACUGGGGUAGCUCUGAGGUCACUGGCAGAGGAUUGUUGGCUCUGGUUGGCAACGGCCAGCUGUAUUCGGUCGAGCUCAAGGCCGGCGAGCAAUACAUAGUCCAUCCCAGCAAUGUUGUUGCUUACACUAUCUCGUCCAACCCCCCUCGUCCCUACCGUUUCAAGUCUACGACAUUGAAGCUUCAGGUUCCGGGCCUUAAGAACCUGCCUGCCUUCAUUCAAAGCUACAUUCAGAAUUCCAAGUUCCUCCAAGCUAUGUCCGAAGCGGAUACUUGGAAGUCUACAAUGAAGCUGGUUCACAGGCUUCGCACCUGGUCUCGAAUGACCAUCUGGGGUGACAGGCUGUUCCUUCAAUUCGACGGCCCUACAACUAUUCUCCUUCAAACCCGCGGGCCUCGCAUCAACGAGGUCCUGACGAAGCACGAGGUGAACGAGCUUGCCAGUGCUCCGCGUGGAUUGACCAUUGGCCCAGCGAAGCCUCCAACACCGGCGGAGGAAGCAUCGCGGAAAGCAGCCGAGGAGGCGGUGAAUGCUGCCCCUGUUCCCUCCCGGACGGCGAACGACUUGUUCCAAGAAGCAAAGGGCACGUCGCAGAGCGUCGCCAGACUCACCAAGAAUGGCAAGGUGGUUUUUGAGAAGCUGGAAUGA